AGUUUAAUGUUAGUUUUAUUAAGUUAAAUUGUAUUUAAAUUUAAAAGUGACAAUGGAUGUCGCAGACAGGGCGUGUAAUUUAGAAUGCGUAAAAAGGGCUCCCCCUAGGCAUGAAUUUGUCGGUCCUGUGAAGAUAGUUCUAAUGGAACCCUUGCCUGAAGACUACAGCCGUAAAGCAUGUGGUUCCGGUUGUCUAUCUCUGGCAAACUUGUUCAUGGGAGCUGUCGUGUUUACAAUAUUUUUUUUUACGUUGACUUUCAAGUUAGACUACCCUGAGAACGUGCAUAUAUUGUUGUGUACGAUGGGGUUCCAGUUGUUUUUGCCCGCUGGUAUAAUGAUGGCAAACAGUUUGUUUGGUGGUGCUGCUCAACUAAGGCCCUCAGCAAGAAAAGUGCAGCAUUUUUUGUUGCAAGUAUUCGCGAUUCUUUGCGGCAUCGGUGGUUCCGCACUCGUGUUUCUGUUUGGAUCAGCAGAAAAAAAACUUACAAUACAUUCAAUUACAGGUGCAGCAGGCGUUUUAUUGAUGGCUCUCACCAGUCUGAUUGGUCCAACGGUGUUCGUCACUGAUGACACCAAGUCGUUUGGGAAAUUCAAUAGGAAUGCACAUCUUGUUUUCGGCGUACCAGCGUUCUUGGUAUCGACAGCCUCGUUCAUGCUCGGAUUGAUGAAACCUAGUUUUGUUGAAUGGUCAAAGACCUUAGCAGUGAAAAAUUUCAAUUACAUUUUAAUGGCAUUAACAGGCAUCUACUCACUAUUGAUGUUGAACGCUAUGCAGUUGAGGUUAAGUUUGAGUGAACAAAGUACGGAUUGGAUUAAAUUUUACGAUAAAAAAUCACAAAGUUUCCUAAAAAUGGAUGAUAAUAAUAAUAUUGAGCCAGUUAUUGAACCCGAGAGGCCUAAGCCGAAGCUUAAGUGUGUUUUAAAGUUCGCUUCACCUAUGUCUGUGUCGAUGAUAGAAAACUUUGGCGAUAUAUAUAUACGGGGAGCCUUGUGUGCCCUUGGCAUUGGUCUCUCUCAAGUGUUCAUGGGAGGUGUGCUCAUCAUCAUCGUUAUAUAUGGAAGACAUUUUAAAGAUGAUCAUGCGAGGUUUUGUAGUUUUGGUUAUCAUUUCUUCGUUGUCGAGGCCAUACUGAGCCUCAGUUAUAUAAAUGGUUGGGCAACGCCUCUGCGGACAAGGCAUAGGAGACUCGCGCAUGUGGUUCUUCAAGUUUGCGGCUUUGUUUGCGCUGCAUAUGGAAUAGUUCAAGUUACGAUAAGAGAAGGAGUAUCGAAAACCGUACAUGGGUUAUCAGGAGCAAUUCUGGCAGUCCUUACGGUAUUAAGUUUUGUGGUUGGUCCUUUUAUUCUGAAGAAUGUACACAGGGCUCACACUCUUCACAUAGUGUUCGGUAUCCCAACUUUAUUAAUGUCUGGUAUAUGCGUUUGUUACGGUUUGUUGAAACCAGAGUUCACUGACUGGGCUGGGUUAGACCUAGUACGGAUAUUAAUAGGUUUCGUAAUGUUUUACUGCAUUUUAAUUGCUGUCACGACUAUUAUGAAGUGUUUGAAGAGGAUCUAAGAUUAAGCUUUUGUAUUUUUUAUUUUUUUUACACAUGAUAUUAUUAUACAUUAUUAUUAUAUUUAAUCAAGUUCUCUUAUUACUCUAGCUUUCUAAAUAUAAAAUCUAUUGGUAUAACAUUUUAAUAACAAGGAAAGGUUUAGGUACAUCACUUCGAAUUUAACCACAAAACAUAUAGUCAAGUCAGACUGAAUUGUGCUUUGUGGGAAAAUGUGAAGUGCAAACUUCGUUAUGUACAAGAAUAAGAAUAAUAAUAAUUUCACUAAUUAAUAUAAUUUAUUAGAUAGCUAUAGGUCAGAUGAUUAUCAAAAAUACCCAAGUGCCAAUUACUUUCAUAUCAAUCAGAUUGAUCUACAUAAAACUAUUUUAUUACUAAUUGAAUAAUUGUUGAUGACUAUCAAUGAUAGCCAAAAAUACGUACUUUCUUACCUACGCACGUUGAAACAUAACUUUUCUAUGAUCGAGUAAAUAAGUAAAUACAAUGUCUUCUUUGCGAAUAAUAAUUUACAGACGCCUUGGCAUUGGUAUAAAACGAAUAUUCACAUACAAUAGAAAACUCGUUUCUGUUUUGCAAAAUAGUUUCAUUAUUUUCUUUGAAUAAAGCCCUUGAGCUUCUCAGAUGAUAAUAUGAUGUGGACACGCCGUAAGUAAUUUAAAUAAUUACGCUAAGUUCGCUACAGUUUUUGUAACUAAUUUUUAACGUAAAUAAUUUAGUUUCUUAAUCCUUACUAACAUUAAGUAUUUUUUAUUUUAUAAACGCUUCUGGUGUCAACGUCAUUGAAGUAUCUAGCAAAAAAGGGUUAAAAGUAAUGCAUUGGACGCAGGGCCCGUUAUCAAAGGCUGGCGAUAAAUCCGCUCCACAGAGUGGUCCCGUAUUUUAUCUUGCGAAUGUCAUCUGAGGCAGUUGAUAAUGUAAUAUCUACAUACGUCAUGUCCUACCGUUUGUGGCUCUUGAAUCCGCCGAUAGAAUACGAAUAAUGUCGCAGUGGGCUCCCGGUCAAAGGUCUACACACUCCUGCUCGUAGUGUCGCAUUUAUCAAAAGAUAUGGUCGUACAUCUCGAACAUUAGCAAUGGCAACAAUACUCUAUUCCAGAAUGUGCGUAUCGAGAGCCAUUACU